AUGGCGGGGCCUUCAGCAAAACCGGGGAAGAUGUCGCCCUCAUCAACCUCAACAACACCCGCAACACCCGCAACACCCUCCCUCCUCACCUCCUUUUUCCACCGCUCUGUCCCGCUCUACCUCUCAGCAGCCCUCCUGCGCGUGGUAUUUCUUCUUUACGGCCUCUGGCAAGAUGCCAACUCGCCCGUCAAGUACACCGACAUCGACUACCUCGUCUUCACCGAUGCCGCCCGCUUCGUCGCCCGUGGCCAGAGCCCCUAUGAGCGGGAGACAUACCGCUACACGCCCAUCCUGGCCUGGCUGUUACUGCCCACCGCCCAGACGACCGGCAGGCCCCUGGUAGAUGCGGCCUUGUUUAGCUCGGGCAAGGUGCUGUUUGCUGCCGCGGACCUCGUGGCCGGGUGGCUGUUAGAGCGCGUGCUGGCGAAAUCCAUGGACGGGUCCUCGGCGAGGAAGUUCGCAGCGAUCUGGUUGCUGAACCCCAUGGUGGCUACCAUCAGCACGCGAGGGAGCUCGGAGGGCUUACUGGGGGUGCUGGUUAUGGCGCUUCUAUCGGCAGUGAUGGCAAGACGGGUUACGCUGGCCGGCCUGCUGCUAGGAUUCAGCGUGCACUUCAAGAUAUACCCUUUCAUCUACGCGCCGGCAAUCGUCUGGUGGAUGGACGCAGAGAGGAUGGGCAGAAAACCGAACAAGGGGACCUCAAAGCAAACUUCCCUCUUCAGCAAGCUUCUAGCUUUUGUCACCCCGGCCAGAAUUCAACUCGCCGUCACCAGCCUGGCAACCUUCCUUCGCCCUCAACUUCGCCAUGUACACUCUCUCCUCCUCGCCUGCGUGCUCAUCCCCCUCGCCACCGCCAAGCGCGACCUCCCCGCCGCCAUGCUCGCCCAGACCUUUGCCUUUGUCGCCUUCAACGAGGUCUGCACCAGCCAGUAUUUCCUCUGGUACCUAAUCCUCCUCCCGCUCUACCUCCCGCGCUCCUCCUUCCUGCACCACAAACCCCUCGGCGCCACCGCCCUGGCCCUGUGGGUGCUGGCCCAGGGCGUGUGGUUACAGCAGGGGUAUCUGCUGGAGUUUCUGGGGGAGAGUGCAUUCCUGCCAGGGCUGUGGCUGGCGUCGGUGGGAUUCUUUCUGGUGAAAUGUUGGGUUUUGGGGGUGGCGAUUGGGGAUGUGGGGGGGUGGUAA